AUGUUCUUCUCUAAGAUUGACGAAAUUCAUCGUGCAUAUGCUAAUCCGGAGGGGACCAGUAGUGUUGCCAGUUCGGAGAACGAAAUAUGCGAGUACAUUAACAGGCACAGGAUGCUAGCUAAUGUGCCAUGGCAUACAGUUGAUUGUGUAUUCAUCCCUGUCAACAUCAAAGAGGAAAAUCACUGGAUCUUGAUUGUAGUGCCAUUCACUGACAGGCGUCUGUACAUCUACAACUCAUACCGAGCUGCUGGUCAUGAUGCUGUUGUUAGAAGAGAAAUACACAAGAUAGCUACCCUAUUGCCACAUCAUCUACAUUUGUCUGGGUUUUACGAGAAAAAAAAAGGCAUCGAUUGGAUUAACCACCCAUCAUACAAGGGCAAACAACAGACUGAUGACUUUGAUGUCAUGUAUGUGAACGACUUGCCACAACAAGCCUCUGGCAGCAUGGAUUGUGGUGUGUAUGUUGCCGCAUUUGCUGAAUAUUGUUGUUCUGGACGAGGCGUUCCAUCUGAAAUUGAUGCAAAAUCACUAUGUAAUAGAUACGGGGCAUUGCUAUGGGAAUACGGAUGGCAAAAGGCUGAUUUGAAUGCCUUCAGUGAUAAUGAACUGCCGCUAAGACCAGUUAGGCCUGCCAUAGAUUACAACGCAGUUGACACAGUAGUUGUUAAUUAGUCCAUUAGGUUUUAAUGUUGAAUCGUUAUUCACAGUAUUGUUUUGCUGACUAAUUUGUACAUUUUGCUGUGUUGUUUUGUUAAGAAUUGACAAAUUGCAGUGUUUUUUCAUCAAUGACUUAACUAAUUUCUAUC